AUGACUUCCUUCCGAACCAAUGUCCUCCGCAAUGGGGAAUGGGUCUCUGAGACUGUCGACUUUCAGACUUUUCUCAGGGCACAGGCUGCUCCAGGUCCUAAGAGAGCAGAGCAGAUUGACCCUCCGAUAUGCGGACUACUCACAAGGACCGUGGCGGACAGCCAGAUGGUGAAGUCUGUGCUACCCGUAAGGCUCAGAUCGCCUCAUCACAAUGAUGUUGCCUUUAUAGGCCAUCGGUCUAUCCAAAUCCGUGAAUUUCAGAGCAACGGCCAGUUUCGAGACAUCCUUUUCCGCAGAUUCCCACAUAACAUUCGCAACGCCUGUGUAGUCGGCUCUUUCGAUAUUCCAGAUGGCGUCGACGACCUCAACUCUGCUAUGGACGUUGAUCCCCCCGCGAAGGUGGAGGAGCAGGACUUACACUCGUCGCCAUCAUUUGGGUCGACCUCUCAACUGCCGCCCCAGUUGCUGGCGCUGGUCAUGGACAAUGCCGAUGUUGUCUUCCUUUGGAUUGGUCCAGGGGCCGACGGUCGACCCGAGUUUUACAGCUCUACCGAAUUCGUGUUUCGAAGGCCCCCACAGUUUCAGGACGGUAAUUUUGGAGCUCACAUGGCUGUAGAUCCAAGCUCUCGGUACAUGGCCUUAAGUAGCUUCCACGGUCUAUUUGCGGUAUGUGAGCUCGAGUCUUUCGCCAACUUCACCCGACCUCAAGACGAAAACACCGUGGGGAUAGUUAAAAACUUUCGUUUGCGGGGUGUUCAAGGCGUGAUACAAAGCCUCACGUUUCUGUACCCACGUCCAGAAGACAAGGAUCACAUCAUUCUCUUGCUCAUUGUCGUUAAGAAUGGCAAAUCAAGAAUGGUUAUUUACGAAUGGACGUUAGGAGACAACCUUGCCGAUGUCUUUGCGGAAGAAAAGCGUGGCCAUCGAUUGCCAGUCGAACACCAAAUGCCUCAACUCCUCAUUCCCUUGACCGUCGGGUCAGCUUUCAUCGCCAUUUCCCCAGAACAGGUUGCUGUGUGCACCGAAUCCUUGCAUGGCCCGCCUAUAUUCGAGUCACUGGAGCUCGACGCACCUCCAAAGAGUCCGAAUCAUUACGGUACUGGAAACCCAUUAUGGACAGCUUGGGAUAGACCGUAUAGGCUGCCACGGUAUCUCAAAGGCAAGGACUGCUUAUACCUUGCCAGAGAGGACGGCAUUGUUGUCUACAUCGAAGUUGAUGAAGACCAUGCGUUGGAGCGCUCGACCUUCAUUGAUGCCUUCAAGUGCAAUAUCUCGUCUGCAUUUGCCUACUUGUUUGAUCAGUACGCAGAUGUUCUCGUGCUGGGCAGCGAUAACGGCACGGGGAGCGUUUGGAAGGUUUGCGGAACUAGCCUCGCCUUUACCUUUGUGGUGCCCCCCACCCUGGACUUUGCGGUGACUGACUCUUCGGGAGAUAAGGCUUCCGAGCUCAGAGCACCUGGCAGGAUAUUUGCAGCCUCUGGUCAUGGACUAACAGGCUGCAUUACUGAAUACCGGCAUGGACUGAAAGCAGACAUUGGAUUGGAGCUCGAAAUUGGGGAUGGGCUGAAACAAGCCUGGCUUCUCAAUUUCUCGAAUACACAUGGACGUUACGACCUACUGUGGACUACCCCUAUUCAUUCGCAGGUUAGAGAACUGCCAGAAGAUUUUUCAGAUCUGACAGAUCCGGAACCAGACCAGAUCCUUUACGACUUGUUUUCGCCAACUUUGGCAGUAGCGCAGGUUAAUGGGGUUACUGUUCAAGUUACCACAGCCUCAAUCACAAUCUUCAAGAACGAGGUCCGGUAUAUUACAGACGAAUGGAAGCAGUUUUCUUUUGACAAGCUUCUGCAGGAUCAGCCGCACGUAUCAGUCUCUGACGCUUGCAUUACGGAUGACUGGAUCACUGUGUCAACGCAUGUUGGGCCGCAGUUCAGAAUUUACAGCUUCAAGUUCUAUGGGACCGCAGUCGUCUCUCAGGUUCAGUUCGACGUAUCUGGGGACGUGACUUCGAUACACCACAGCAAGAACCUUGGGAUCAUCGUCGGUCUUUGGAAGGACGGACGGCCGUAUUUGCAAAUCCGUACCCCAACGACUGAGACAGGUUCACGAGAUGUCGAGGAAAUUGAUAUCGCAGAACAAGUAUCGGCUUCUGUUAAUAACGCGAUACUUCUAGGAACCAGAGGUGGUGAGCUCAUUCAUAUUUCGAAAGAAUGGAAGAGUACUACAAUGGUCUACUACCAGCAAAUAGGACUGACCGCAGUAAAAAUUACUGCGGCCCGCCAUUCGCAUACCAGCAGACCGAGAGUACUGGUCUCGUGCGAUCAAGCCUUGAUUGAAGUACAACUCGAUGAACAUGGGCCGAACGGUUCUGUCUAUCACAUGACAAAACACCGUGUUUUACCUACUAACGCCGGCAAUUUGGGUGCUCCUAUGCCACUUGUUGAGUACGGCAUGGCAAUUGACAUUCCAUGUGCGAGUGAAGGCUUUACUCCGAUUCUCAUGCUAGCGGGGCCGAGCGUGAUUAUUGCCGAGCUACACGAGGAGCCCGGUCUAGCCCAUCGGUAUAUCAAAAUCGGAAAGACACCAGUCAAGACGUUUUACUCGCCCAGCCUACGUAGCCUGGUGGUCGGUGUUAACGAUGAGGGAAAAAAGACCACGUUGAUGUUUAUGGACCCUGACACCGGAGAGGACAUCGGAAAACCGAUCGACAAAGCAGGAACUCCAGUUCAGCAUAUCGUGGGACUGGGCAAAUCCGAGGACAGAAUCCAUGGCCUGGCAGAAUGGGAAUACAAGAAAAAUGGCGGGACAUGGCGCUAUCUGCUUGUCGGUACCAAACAUGGCCAGCUCAUUAUCGUGUCCACGGAAAAGGAGCCAUUGGAAGGGGGCCGCCCCCCUUCGAUAAAGUACUGGACACGGCACAAGAAGUCCUGCGAAGGACCGGUGUACUCAGUGAUAGGUCAUGAGGAAAGCGUGAUCUAUUGCGUCGACAAUAUACUUCACUGGGAUGUACUCGACCCUGUCGAGAAGAAGCUGAAACCACGCAAAACGUUUGAGUUGGAGUCGUUGGCCCUGGACCUUCAAAUCUCCGAAACGAAGCUUCUCGCCUUGACGUGGGACGAUUCACUCCAGCUGAUCGACCCGGCGCUUGACGACGUCAGUGAGAAUUCUGCAACAGUCGAGUUCCAUGAUCCUCGCGAGGUUACACCAACUUCGUUUAUGAAAGUCCAAGACGACAUGUGUUUGGUUACUGACAGAGAUCGUGGCGUGGCCGGCCUUUGGAAAUGGCCCAGAGCAUCAGGAACUCAUAACUGGGCCGAGUUUAAGAUGCUCUUCCAGGGGAAACUUCCAGUUAGUAUCAGGAAGCUCCGCCGCGGCAGGACACGGCCAACAUGGGAGCAAGGAGUGUGGAACGUACCCAAGUACGGUCGGCUUAUCAGCACACCGGACAAUGGCGAGAUCUUAGGAAUCUCGAUUGACGGCACCAUGAUUCACUUCACAUUGCUUGACCAGCACGCAUUUCGUUUGUUGCGAUUCAUCGUCAACUUAUACAACCUCAGGGAGAGGAGGGACGAAGAAAGGCUUCUGGGCGAGAAGCCGGACCCGGGAUACAUUGGGCAGAUGCAUGUGGAUGGCGAUCUUUUGAAGACCAUCUUGGAUGCAGAAGUCUUGCAGGACUUGGUGAACACCGAUGAGCUGUUGGGACAGUUCAGGAUCCUGCUGGAUAACUUGGAUUUGGGAAUAUAUACUUCCGGAUGGAAGGGACAGGGGACUGCGGACCAUUACUUUGAACUGGCUUAUAACGUGUUGAUGUGUUAUCUCAGGCAAGUCUAUUAG